AGCCGGGGCCGUGUCGGUGCUGCUGUAUCCGGAGCCAUGCCCGGGCUGUGGGAGCGGCUGGCGGGCGGCGAGCGGGGCCGCCUGGAGACCUCCGACUGCGAGUCUCUGGGCAGCGCCUCCGGCUCGGAGGGAGAUGCCGAGUACGCCGAGGGUGUCUCGCUGCCGGACAUGGACCUGGAGCUGCUGCACGACCCCGAGGACGAGCAGCUGUGCGCCAGCCUGCUGGACGUGGUGCAGGCGGCGCUGGGCCGGGCCCCGCUGGGCUCCCGGCGCUGCUGGCGGCUCCGGAUGCCGGCGCAGCUGCAGGCGCAGGUGCGGGCGGAGCUGCUGCGCCUGGCGUGCAGCGAGCCCUGCGGGCUGCGCGGGGCCCUGCUGGACCUGUGCGUGGAGCACGGCAAGGCUUGCCACGACGUGGGGCGCAUCGCCGCCGACCCCGCCGACCCCGCCGUGGUGCCCACCUUCCAGCUCACCCUGGUGCUGCGGCUGGACUCGCGCCUCUGGCCCAAGAUCCAGGGACUCUUCGCCUCCGGACCGGCCUUCGCGCCGCUGAAGCUGAGCACGGGCUUCAGGGUGAUGAAGAAGAAGCUGUACAGCUCCGAGCAGCUGCUGAUCGAGGAGUGCUGAUGGAGGAGCAGCCGCUUUCCCAAGCGCUUCGGAAGAGCCGGGCAGAGCGCCUGGCGGCUCCUGGCAGCCGCUGUAGUUUAGGUUAGGCUGGAGUAGGGCUGUAGGUGGAAGUAGUUGGGGCAGGCUGAGCCCCGGUGCCGGGGGACCCCCGGCGUGGAGCAGCCGGGACCCGGCGGAGGCGGCUUGGCGCCCUCGCUGAUGGCGGGAUGCUCCCGGAGGCGGCAGCGGGGCUGCCGGAGGGGUGCCGCUCUCCUGACGGCCGAUCAAUCAUGGGGCUGGUGGUUUUGGUUUUUUUUUAUUUUGUAAACCAGGAUUGUAAUCAAUGGGGUCUCAGGGGGAGGGGGUCUGGAGCAAAGGCAGAGCCCGGCUGGAAUUGUCUUUGCUCACGAGAGGGGCCGGAGGGCAGGACCCCUGGCCCUGACACGCUGGGGGCACUUCGUUGGUUACAGUUUACACUCAUACACUUGAUGUUCAAGUGCGAGAAUUCCUAUGCAAUCGUUGUCGGGUGGUUUUUUUUUACUUUUCUAAUAAAACUUGUCUUGAUUGAU